UUGUUCUGAAAAUAAUAAUUUAUCCUAUAAAAAUAUUGAGUUAUGCGGAAACCACAAGUUUUUAAAUAUUAUUUGUCACCGUGUCGUUAACAUAACAAUAAACAACUAUUUUAUAAUUCAAAUGCAAAAUUAAAAAUAGUAUUAAUAACCAGGAACUAAUAGCUAUUUAUUUCCGCAAAAUUUUUGGUAUAAAAGGCAGUUCUAAAACCAGGAUGCAAACAGUUAAAUUAUUUUGAAUAUCACUAUUUAGGACAGUUUGCUUAGACUCUCUGGUUUUUUUUUUGUUUUUCAAAUCAACUUUAAAAAUUAUUGUCUUGUCGAGCUUUUCAUUGGUUUAAAAUGAAAUUGCUAAUGAUAUUACUUGUCUUGUUUGCGGUAUUUUUUGGACUGCAGCUUGGUAUCACCAAUGCAUUAGAGCCAGAAAUUGUUGAUCUCCCACCUUAUCAAUCUACUAAUGAAGCUGGCAAAACAAUAAUGCGGAGUGUUCAUUCACCAACCAAAACCAAUGUUUUUAUCAUUGACUCCAGACUUCCAAUGCUGCACAAGACAUCAACAAGAUUUCUUUCAUUUAGUUUAGACUCAUCACAUUUACGUGAUCCCGAAAAAUUGCCAAUAAAUAAUGAAGCAUUUGUAAAUUUAGCAAAACAUCUUAGUCCAGCCUAUUUAAGAAUUGGUGGAACAUCUGCAGAUUGUAUUUUUUUUAAACAAAAUUCAGCUGAUAUUUUUAAAGCCAAAGACAUCACUAAUUUUAUACUUACUGAAGAACUUUAUUUGAGUUUAUAUAAAUUUACUGAAAAAAUUGAAGCAAAAAUGUUAUUUGAUUUAAAUGUGUUGAUAAGAACAGAAAAAAAUGAAUGGAACAGUUCAAAUGCCAAAGAUAUUAUUGAAUUUUCGAAAAAUCAUGGCAUGGAUAUUGAUUGGCAGCUUGGAAAUGAACCAAAUUCAUUCAAGUUUGUAUUUAAUCAAUCUAUAUCAGCAACUCAACUAGCUCAUGAUUAUCAACAUCUAAGAAAUUUAUUAAAUGACAUUGGUUACUCUUCAAGUAAACUUGUUGGUCCAGAGACAAAUCACAUUGGUGAAAGCAAUGAACGAGGUGAAAUGUACACUGAAGAAUUUUUAAAAAAUCAAGAUAAUAGUAUUGAUUUUGUUACUUGGCAUCAGUAUUAUUUACAUGGAAAAACAGCAAAAGUUGAUGAUUUUAUAAAUCCAAAAGUAUUUAAUCAAUUAUCAUCUCAAAUUAAACAAAUUAAUAAUGCAACUAAAAAUUCUGGUAAAAACGUAAAAAUGUGGAUAUCAGAAACAAGCACAGCUACUGGUGGUGGUGUAGCAAAUUUAUCGAAUCGUUUUGCUGCUACAUUUCUUUGGCUUGAUAAACUUGGUUAUUCAGCAAGUGCUGGUGUUGAUGUUGUUAUACGUCAAACAUUAUUGGGUGGUAAUUAUUCAUUGGUUGGAAAUGAUUUAUUACCAAAUCCAGAUUGGUGGAUAAGUGUAUUAUACAAACGAUUUGUAUCUGAAAUUGUACUUGAUUUAAAAACACCAAAUAAUUUUGGUACACUAAGAUUUUAUGCACAUUGUACAGCAAAAUUAGGACUUGUUAAUCGUCUACCAGCAUUAACUGUUUAUGGAAUGAAUCUAGAUCAUAAAUCAAAAAAUAUAUUUAUUCAAGGAAAUUGGAUUCAGAAAAAAACAAAUAUAUUUUUAUAUAUAUUAACUGCUGAUGAUUUAACAUCAAGAGAAAUAAAACUAAAUGGAGAAAAACUUAAGCUCAAUUCAGAUGGUAGUCUUCCACCAUUUAAUCCAGUUAUCAUAAAACCAACACAAAUGAUAAAUAUUCCUCCACUUUCAAUAGCAUUUAUUGUUAUUCAUGGUGCUGAUAUUCCUAGUUGCAUACCAUAAAAAUCAAUUAUUCUUCUAUUCUAAAUAUAUAAUGUUUUUUUGUUUUUUUUUUUUAAAUCAAGAACACUAUAUAUUUUUUUUACAACCAAAUGGCAAUUUUUUUUUUUUUUUUACCAAUGCCAAAAAAUUAUUAACAAUGGAAAUAUGAAUAUUUUCACAUGUACACAUUAUUAUUUAAUAUAAUUAUUAUUAUUGUUCUUAUAUUCAUCAAUUGAUGUACAUUUAUAACUACAAUAUAUUUAUCUAAUUAUAAAUCUAGCAAUGUGAUUAUUAAACACCCUGAAUUAUAUUUUUUAAUUGAUUAGCUUUGAUAAUUUUAAUAAGCCAGAUACUAAUUUGGAUUUCAUCAAUGAAAAUAUCAACAAAUAAAAGCUAUUUUAAUAAGGA